UUUAUGCCUUCCUGGCGGAAUCAGCACCCCAAACAAACGGAGACACAGCUUUGCCCACUCCUCUUUCUUCCCCAUCUCCCAUAAGCCACUGUCCGCUCUUCCCAUUUCUUGCCAAAAUCCAAAAUAAAGGAAGAAGUAGAGAGAUGCAAUCGGUGGUCUGGAACCCAACUCACUGUAGUGCCCAACAAACCCUAGACACCCCCUGCAGCUCUCCUCUUCUUCAUCAUAAGAGUUGUAAAGGCUUUUUUGGUUCCCAUGUGAGGAGCGCCAAUCAGCUGCGGCAAGGCAGCCCUUGCCAUUCCUUACAGGCUCGACUGCCUUCUUUCACACAGAGGAGGCUAGUUGUAAAGGCUGUUGCUACUCCAGAUUCGGCGGUAGAAUUGCCGUUAACCGUGGAUAAUGUUGAGAGUGUAUUGGAUGAGGUUAGGCCCUAUCUGAUUUCAGAUGGUGGUAAUGUGGCAUUGCAUGAGAUUGAUGGGAAUGUUGUACGGUUAAAACUACAAGGAGCAUGCAGUUCUUGUUCUGCUUCUGUUAUGACAAUGAAGAUGGGUAUUGAGCGUCGUUUAAUGGAAAAGAUUCCUGAGAUAGUUGCAGUAGAAGCUAUAUCGGAUGAAGAAACCGGACUUGAGCUGAAGGAAGAAAAUAUAGAGAAGGUGCUGGAAGAAAUAAGGCCAUACCUUGUUGGGGCAGCUGGAGGAUCUCUUGAACUAGUGGCAAUUGAGGAGCCAGUAGUUAAAAUCCGAAUAACAGGACCAGCAGCUGGGGUCAUGACCGUACGAGUGGCUGUUACCCAGAAAUUACGAGAGAAAAUUCCAGCCAUUGCUGCAGUUCAACUCCUAUGAUAUUCUUGCAUAUUUCUAGGUCGGGACAUGAGUUUAUCAAAUAGACAGUUGUUAAACUCCCAAUACCUGUAUUCUGAAAAUCCAGCACUUUAGCUUGUGUACAGUUUAGAUGGGUGCAAUUGCUUGAGUAUUGACAUUCUGAAAAUCCAAUUAAAGGAAAUUGAAACUGCUAGUCAUUUUGUAUUCA